GGCGAUUGUGUCGGUCAUAGUGACUGACUCCGGGCUCGCGGAGAGUCUGCUGUCCUUUUCUCUCUCCACAAACUCGCGGGCGACCUUUUUCGUCAGCUGCGGGACUUUCAUCGCUGCGGACUGUCCACGAUAAAACAAAGAUCCAUCCCGAUGCUUCAGUUUAUUUCCCCGGCUGAAGUAGACGAGAUAUAUGUUGGGUAAAGGGGCAAAGCGGAAACUAGAUGAGGAUGAAGAGGGGCUGGAAGGCAAAGCGUUGGCGGCAGGGGCCGGAGCCGAAGGGCUGUCCAAGGUCUCCUACACCCUGCAGAGGCAGACUAUCUUCAACAUGUCUCUAAUGAAGCUGUACAACCACCGGGCGGUCACCGAGCCCAGCCUGGAAAAACGUGUGCUUAUAAACAACAUGCUGAGGCGCAUCCAGGAUGAACUGAAGCAAGAGGGCAACCUUCGACCGCUCUUUUUCCCACCUUCCCCUCCACCUGAUGACCCAGUAGAUGAAAGUUUCCGCGAGCCACAGCCUGCUUUCAGCGUUUUGUCCAUGGUGGCGCCCCCCAUCUCCCAGUCCCCGGCUCUCUCCGCUUCUAGCCUGACAUCCCCUUCAUCAGGCCUGUCAAACCCAGCGCCUCUGGAGGCCUGUCUCACCCCGGCCUCUCUUUUAGAGGAGGACAAUGUCUCCCUUUGCACAUCACCCUCACCGCUCGCUCCCCCUGCUCCUACAUCAAGACUCUCUCCAUCUGUGGCCAGAGAUAGCUUCUCUUCAGCCCUGGAUGAGAUUGAGGAGCUCUGUCCUUCACCUUUACCUACAGCUACGUCAGCGCCCGGUGCUACCUCCCCCUCGCCUCUCCAGUUGUGUCCCCCCAGCUUAAACUCAGGGGCCUUGGACUCCAAAGACUGCAGUAAGCCCUGCAGCCCGAAGCUUGAAGGGCUGGUCCCGCUGGCCGAGGAACGUUCAGCGGUCCCCAACACACCAGAGACUCUUCCUCCUAACAGCCUGGACAUGAGCACCUCUCCGUCAGCCUCGUCCUCUGGAUUUCUGACGGACCUAGCUCUGGACGACAUCCUCUUUGCAGACAUUGACACCUCCAUGUACGACUUUGACCCCUGCACCUCAUCCUCAGGUGCGGCACCAUCAAAACUGGCGCCCAUGGUGACUGCGGAUGAGCUUCUCAAGACUUUUUCGCCAUACAGUGGUGCCGCUCCUGCUGUCAGCUCCAACCAGCCUUUCAAAAUGGACCUCACAGAACUGGACCAUAUCAUGGAGGUGCUUGUGGGAUCGUGACCGGGGUUUGGAAGGGAACUUGCUCGGGGGAGGAAAUGCAAAUCCAAUCAAAGAGUUUUUAAAUGCAGAACAGAACAAAACUGAAGAAUUACUUUGUGAGUGUUUGGUUUUUUUGUACAGUUUUUUUUUGUGUUUGUUUUGUUUUUAAAGACUAAUGUCCAUUUUAAUGGUGAUGUUGCCCAGUACUACUUCUCAACACUGUGCAUGCACUGUGCUUGCCUUUCCCAAAAAAUUGAACAUGAGGAAAUCUUACGGAACACAUUUUGGAUUCUGGCCGAUCCGAGUGCCUUCAUCAUUUACGACCACUUGGUAAAUUCUUGUUUGUUUGUCUCGUCUCUUUAUUUCCUCGUCAUUUCUAAUUGAACAAGAUGGAUUAUCAGCUGUACUGUCUCUCUUUCCCCUUCUCAGCAUACAGGUGCAAGAAUGUGCAACGGCAGCCUUGUUCUCAUGUUCAUUUUCACAAAGCACAAUGAUUUUGAAAGCAGAAUGUUGCUAUUUUAUGUUUAUGUGGUGUUUUUUUAUGUUCAGAGCUGUUUUAUUGCUUUUUAGUAAUAUUUAAAAUAGGCUGUUAAUAUGUGGUCAUCUAUUCAUUGAAUUGUUUGUCUGCUUCCGCUUAAAGGGGUAGUUCACCAUUUACUCAACCUCCUUCCAAGGCUGUAUGAGUUUCUUUCUUCUGUCGGAUAAAAAAGAUACAGUCAAGCCUAAAAUUAUUCACAGCCCUUGUAAAUUCCUACUUCGUUAAUUUAAAUCAACCAGCAGGUUUUUUUUUCCCAGAAAUGACAGAAAAUUAUCCUAAAAGAUAAUAAGAUGAUUUACAAUAGGCAUCAUUGUCUAAAAAAAUAUUUCUCCGCUUUUAUGAACAAAAAGUGGCAGUCAGAAUUUGCCAGGGGCAUGAAUAGUUUCAGGCUUGACUAUAUGACUAUUGGCUCUAUUUUAACGAUCUAGGUGCAAAGUCUAAAGCACAUGAAGCAAAAGCAUUAGGGCGUGUCUGAAUCCACUUUUUCAAUUUUAAGGAUAGAAAAAUAUGCUCUGCACCCCAGCGCAUGGUCUAACAGGGUUGUGCUUAUUCUCUUAAUGAGUUAUGGGUGUGUUUUGAGCAUAUCGUACAUUAAACCAGUCAGAGUCUCUGUCUGCAGAGAAAUGAGCAUCCUCCAUUCGGCCUCUUUACUUUUUCUUUACUUUUACUCUUUACUCCUUCACUUCCGUGGAUAAGAAAACGGUGUUACGCACUUUACUAAAGACGUCUUUCAUCCUACAUAUUUAAUUUCGUUUAAGCACAAAGAUUUGUUUCAAAACUAUUUCUAAAUUUAGUUCUAAUUUCCAGCAAAGGAAUAAAUGAACAGUAAUUAUAUCCAAACACGCGUCCUAUUCUUAUGCCCCAUAUGGUGAUGCAUUCGUCUACAAAACCUGACAGGUGGACAAAUAUAAACGUGUUGUUAAUAAUAACAUUAUAAAAUGCAAAUUGUCAUGAAUAAACUGAAAAAAGCCACUCGAGAUAAGGCAUAGAGGCAGUGGUUUUUAUAUUUAUGUAGAAAAUAAUUAUUUUUGAGACAUUUAAUUGCAUUGUAUUUUAUUUUAAUUUCAAUGUUAAUUAAAUAACAUUUUAUUGCUGUACAUCCUGUGUGUAUUAAGCAAUGCGUACGCGUUUGGACUCGCAUAGGCGCAUAACUAAUGUGCUCUGCGCUGUACUUUAGAUAGUUAAUGGUGCAGCCUAUUUCAGUUCCUCAAAAUAGCAAUGCGCCUUAACACACCUCCUUUAUAGAUCGGCACACCCAUGAGUCCACAAAGUGGCGCAAAUAGAUUUGCUAUGUAAACAACAUGGUGCAAAAUGUGAAAAUGACUGUUGCGCUGGUCUAAAAAUAGCAACAAAUCGUGCCCAACACGUCUUGCUCCUUAUUGCUCUGGGUGUAUGAUAGGGCCCUUUAUCUCUUGACUAUAUUAAAAAUUUAUUUUGUCCAAAUAAUGAAAGUCAAUGAGUUUCAGUAUUCUUUGCACACCAUUCUUUAAACUAUGUUCUGCUUCACAGAAGAAAUCAAAUCUUUUUGGUCUGGAGCAAUAUAGAGUUGAGUAAAUGAUAAGAUUUUCAUUCUGGUGGAACUAUCCAUUUAACCUUCCUUCAACAAAACAUAUAUAUAUAUUUAUGAAAUGAAAGCAUUUAUGGAUUGUGGUUUACCAGGUUAUUUAUACAUUUGAUGUGUGUAGUGGUCAGAUAUUUACAGUCAACCAACCAAAUUUCUUGCGAUCUGCCAUAACGGCUCAAGAUUCCAUUUGUUUACAUCUCAGCUGGCAAUAAGCGAACGUUUGUUCUGAUGCACAUUGUUUUACAGAUACAUUUCUUCAAUUAAUAAGCCAAUGCUAAACCCCUUUACGCUACAAAUACUGUAUGCAAUCAAUGCUUUUCUGAUCAGUAAUAAGCAAACUGUCAACUUCUCUCAGCCAUUUCCUUUUUUAUCUGUGUCAAGGCAUUGUUGGAACUUCCCUUUUUUGGCCUUUGUUUUUGUCCUUCUAUCAUCACUCAGUUUUAGCCGGUUCAGUUUUAAUGCUACACUAAUGCAAAGAGGGUCUAUGCAUGUCUGCUCAUGCAAAAUGGGGCGAAAUUCAGACCACCGUACUGGACAUGCAAGUUUAUAAGUACUAUUCAGUUACCAUCAUCAUCUGUUUGCCAAACAUUUCUGUCAUACACAUCUCUCAACGGUACAUUUCUGUUAACAUACUAAUGCAUGCAGGAUUAUAGCUCAUAAUUGUACAGAUGAUUUUUGUAUGGUUUGGUCUUAUUUUAUUAUAUUUAUACCAUUGUUUUGUUUGAGUUUUAUUGAUUGUGUCUGUUCAUGUUCCAGUCAGACUUUCUCUCUGAUGUCCUGCUGGGUUCUAGUGUCGUUUUGGCCAGUAGAUAUGGCCAUAUUACAUUUUAGCUGGGGAGUUUGAUAUGCACAAGUAUGAGGGGAAAGUAUUCUGCAUGUAUGUGCAAUAAACAGCACAGUAUAUUUGCUAUUAAGAAACACUGAAGGCAAUGAGGAUGGUUGGAAGGAUCAUUUUAUGUGUCUGACAUAAAAGGAAAGGGACCAUUUAUCAUAUCAGCUGUAUUAGACUGACAUAAACUAGCUAAUUAAAUAUACACACCGACAAAAACUGUGCAUAAUAUGCCUUGGUAAGGAUCAACUGGGGACGGAAGGAGCGUGCAAUGUCAGAGAGAGAGGAAAACGUAGACAUUUAUUCUUCAAUAAGUGUGACCAGUCAUAAUCUGAUGUUUUAAGAGACAUUUUUGGUUGGUUUUCACCCAGAGUUCAAAAGAGAGAAUGUCUGCGAAUUGAAAACAUGCGUGAAUGAGAGCCGGACAAAAAAACCAUGGAAUCAAAACUAUGAUUAAUAUUACUUCUAGGAUUUUUGGAUUUGGAGUGUUUGUUUUAAGUUAUUUAUUGUUUUGUUUCCUGUGUAAAUAUAUUUAUUUUAUUUCUUCCGAUGUUAAGCUAACAUCCAGAUUGUAAUUUGUACAGAAUAUGAGAUAGGAAUGUAUUAUGCUUACGGGAAUGUAUCACUGCUUAUUAAUUGGGGUGGAAGCCAUUUUGUUUAUGUUUGUUUCAUCUUGUUUUAAUAUGCAUUAUUUUAUGUUUCUCGUAUGAUCAUUUGGGGUGGCGUUCGUGCUAGAUGUUGAGAUCAACAUGCUCUGCCCCUAUUUAAUUAUGAGUAUUUAAUGUUUUAUGUAUUUCAGAUUGUGUGCAAGGGAAAGGUUUGUGAAGCAAUACUUUAUUCUCUGCAAACUUUUAGAUUUCAAUCUUCCAAAGCCUAUUUCUGGGGAAAACAAAUCUUUUUGAGAACCCUCAAUGCCAAAUGUAAAAAGAAGAAGAAGAAAGGCAGCAUGAUUUUUGAUGAUAUUGGUUGUUGUUUUUUUAAAUGGUAUCUCACUGUCCCAUGGUUCAGGCCACACGUUUGCGGAAAGUGGUUUCAGGAUGGUGACCACUAGGAUUAUUCAUGUGUAUGAGUGGAUGAGUGAGUGUGUGAGAGAAAGAAUAAAAGAAAUAGUCAACAUGUGGUGGAGGGUCUAAACCCUUUUUCUGCUCAUUAAGAGAGGCUGUAUCUUCAAGCCUUGGAGCUGUGCCUUUUUCUAUGCAAUAUUACAGACAUAUUCAUUUUGAGAAAAAUAACCCAUCAGCUGAUGAUCACUGUAUUUGCAUCAAGGUGUGGACUGUAGAAUAUAUAUAAAAUAUGGACAUGUGUCUAUGAAUUUGAAACAGUCUUACUUUUCUAGUUUUAUAUCAUACAAUAAAAUGGAUAAAAAUUA